UAUCAAAUAUUCACUUAGAAUUACGGAUGUUUUCCACGCAGUCUUAAAAAACAUAUUUGUUUUGAAUGAUAUAGAAUAUCGGGUAUUGAUACGGCGAUGAAAACCAUAGUUCAGAGUGUUCUGACAUGUUAGCGUUUGUGUAAUAAAACCCGUCCAGGUAAAACAAAGCCAAAUUUAUUCUAGAUCGAUAAGGCAGGUUGAUAUUAUUGUUUGCCGAAAACUGUUUUAAAUGGACAGAAAGUUUUACCCAAAGGUUAUUAACCAGAAAAGGCGUCGGCCAAUGAACUUGAGUAUUUGAUAUUCGUUACUUGCAACCACGUUAAUCAUAAUGUAAAACUAACGUUGUUAACUUGGAUCAUACCUAUCAGCUUUAUAUCAUAUCCUUUUGGAACUAUAAACACCUGCACCCCAUGUGGGAUGACGAAAGAGAAAACAACUUACAUGUUAUUCACGAAAUGUAGUAAUGACAAGAUGGCAAAUAUCAAUGUGUUUUCAAUACUUAUUCUGGGAUUUGCCAUUACUUGCUGUUCAGGACUGUGCGAGUUUCCGUCCACCCUGAGAGAUAACUGGUACAGUGCCGAUAAGGGGGUCCUUAACUUUACAACGUCCAGUCUUGUGGAGUACCCUGUAUUCUUAUCCAGUAACGUCAGUAAUUUGACGUUCAGCUGUGAGGAAAUCAACGCAAACAGAUAUAUACUCAAAGGGAUCACCACAUUCACCGUGUUUGGUAACGAGCUUCGUCCCUACCUCUGCCUUACCCUGACACAGGUGUCCCAGGACGUCUUCUACUACUACGUAGCGAACCGUCUUGAGAGUUCAAACAACGACCGGAUAUAUGUCCGAGAUGACAAUAUCACAGUGACUGCGGACGAUAUAUGUAACAGAGAAACACCCUACGAGGCUAACACCUACAUCAUGCUGGUUCGUGAAGGUGCUGAUAUUAACGAAAUUUCUCGAACGUGUCCAGACAUUCUACUACGACGGUACCAGAAUGUGUCCAUCGUGUCCAGUGACGGGACAGAUAGAUGUGACGAUGUCCAGCUGGACGUUUGUACCAACACCAGCGUCCUGAACAUAACCUACCAAUCGUGUGCGGCGCCACUGGUCUUUUCUGCUGGUGGAGAAUUCGUCUGUCUGUUUGAUCUGACCGAAAAUGGCGUGACGUACAUAGCCCUGUGGAACACCGAUGCCUCUAUCACAGCUGGGCAAACCUACAGAACAUCCUGUUACGCUAUACAGGAAACAAAUGGCGUCACCUUUGGAACCGAGGUCCCCGAUACGUGUCACUACAACCAGACCAGUCAAUAUAGCCCACCAGGGGGCGUCUACAUCACCAUGCAGAAUGUUACAGAAAACUGCGUACCAGUUGUUCAAACCGGUGGAUCCUCUGAAGAGACCCUCGCCUUGGGAAGUAUCGUCGGGGGCGUGGCAGGGGCUGUGAUUCUUCUGGUGGCGAUCAUCGUCUGUCUGAUCGGCUGUUUGUGCUGCAAGAAAACUAAGGCUACAGUCAUCAUAGUGAAAGAAGUGGUUAAAGUACAACAUAAACCAAAAGAUACAGAGUUUAUCGUAGAUGUGGAUGAUGAGGAGGACGGCAGUGCUUACGAAAGAGACUUAACUGCCAUAUCAUCUGCACAAAUGAGCGCCUAUUCAUCUUACCUACCACGGUCGUCUGCCAAAAGUGAUAAAACGGGAACAAGAUUCCAAAAGCCGCCGUUCGGAAGUCCGCUAUAUAGGGAUGCAGAAAGAGGAGAUAAUGUUGGAUAUAAACGGUCAAGCAAGCAGAAUGGACGUCUGGUGAAAAACGGGUUAUAUGGCAUGGAAGAUGAGACCGAGAUAUCCUUUCCUGUUGAACAGACGUCACUUCCGGAUAUUCGAAAAGAUGUGUAUAAGAAUAGCAUAUAUGGACAUCCAGAUGAUGGAUUCGCGUUCCAGGAUCUGGCAGUAGGUGCAACCGAUAAUUACAAGCUUCUGGUUAAGAACCUGAAGCGCGGCGACAAGAAUCUGAUGUCCACAGGUCCACCGGGACCAGGUCAAGUUGUACAUGUGCGUUCAAGUCCCGGGAAAAGACAGAAAACUAUUCGAAACAAAAGCAAUAGUCCUACGGGUAGACAACGAUUUCGUGGUUCAGAAAACAAAACAGUUAAUCACAAUCCCCCUUACAAUGAAAAUCAUAAUGUACACGAUCGGUUUGUUUGGAGUAAUGAGGAUGACGAGGAAAAUGUCCACGACCCCGAUUUCACGGGAUCAGACAUUUGCUAUGGUGGACGCCCGACUGGACCAAAUAUUUGGUACGGUACAACGCAGGUUGAGAAUAAUACAAGACCGCCUAGGCGUAAUGCUUCCGUUCACAGAACAAGAUCAUUUGGAAGCAGUUCAAAUAAAACGGUACAGAGUCAACAAAAUGCCCCUAGCACUAGUGAUAAGGGUUCCGGGGUCAACAGUCCGUCCCCGCCUACAAAUAGUAACAAAAUGUCGAGAAAACAAUCGAUCGACAAGGAAUAUCUUAGAGACAACAGUUCUGCCACUAAAGAAACACACCUUGUAGACACAAGUACAAAUACGGACAAUACUAAGGAACGAACUAUUACACCUAAGACCGUAAAAGCUGGUGUAUCUAUUGGCAUCCAAACUGAAGUAGAAAAUACGUCAGUCUCUAAUGUCAGUAGAAAAGGUUCUCCGAUCCCAGCAAGGAACUUAGAUCCCUGGAGACAUCCUUUACUGAACUAUGAAUUUUACGGAAGCACUGACAUGAAGAAAUCUACUUCAGUCCCAACUGUGAUAUCUGGCUACGAGAUGGCCAAGUAUAACCCCCCUAACAUUGAGUCCAGUAAACACCAUGACAGGAUGGUCAGGCGGUUAGGCUUGACCAGUAACGACAUGGUAUGGUGUAUCGAACCAAACUCGAGAGUUCCAAAGAGGAGUGCGACUUAUAAUCUAGGCUCUAAUAUAAACAGAAACAAUUCACACCAAUUAGGUCGUAGACAAUCUCGCAGUAGAAUCGUUACUCCGUGGAAAUGAAGGAUGUGCAUACUUUGAGUUGAGCUUCAUGACAUUGUAGCCAAGUUUUGUACUUUUCAUAAUUUUAUUGUAAAAAGCGAUACUGGUCAUGUAACAGGUAACCGGGUAUUUGCAAACACAAGAGUAUUCUUAUAUGUUCAGCAUUUAUUUUUUUAAGUUUAGAAAUUUAUAAAAAAAAAAAUGGUCAUGAAAAAUAAUUUUAUUAAUUUGUCAAUACGCUUAAUCAAACACCAUUAAAAUGUGUAUAUGGUCAAGUUGUGCUAAGACUUGCGAAGAUGAAUUUUGAAAAGUGUAUACCCAGCUUUGCCUGUCUCCAGCCUAAUUGGCAUAAUCAUACAUAAAGUUAAAAUUAGCACCCAUUUUUCAAAAUAUGUUAUUUGAAAAUGUGAUUCAAAAGGAUACGCUAGCAUUGCAAUAAUGUGUCUCAUAAGAAAAAAUAUCGGUCUUGAAAGUAAGAACUAAGGGAUUCCUUACACUCAAACUUAACUGGAAAAGAUUCCAGAUUUUCUGUCAAUAUCGAUCUUAAAUACUUAGGUAGCUUGCAAUUGUAUACCACAAGUGUGCACGUUAUGGUAAUCUUUUAGUGCAGUCAUAUGCAUCAUAUAGAAGAUUUGUACAUAUUUUUUACUCUUUUUAGAAAUCAAUAGUUGAAGUGGUUGUUGUGUAUUCGGUACACGUGUACCUUAAAACUAGAGGUAAUUUUAAGGAAAACGUGUAUUUCCAGUAGAAAAUCAAUAACAGUUUAAAAGGUAGCAGUUUUUGCACUUUCACUAUAAAUUAGCUUGUUCCAGUUUAACAGGGGGAAAAUGUACAAAAUAUGGGAAAUAUUCUGUUUAAAUGCAACAUCAGUAACCCAUAAAAUAUGAAGAAUAAUGAUAAAAUUAUUUAUAUAACUUUUCUCAUAUGGUAAUACUUUGCUUAAUAUUUCUGUAAAUGUCGAGUAAUUUGUGCUACAAAGAGAAGACAAAGAGAAGCAAAACAAGUAACGUUUACAGUGGCAACAGUAACAAUCUUAAGGAUCCCUAUCCCACUGCAGGCAAAACAAGUAACGCUUACAGUGGCAACAGUAACAAUCUUUAGGAUCCCUGUCCCACUGCAUGCAAAACAAGUAACGUUUACAGUGGCAACAGUAACAAUCUUAAGGAUCCCUGUCCUACUCCAGGCAAAACCUGUAACGUUUACAGUGGCAACAGUAACAAUCUUAAGGAUCCCUGUCCCACUGCAGGCAAAACAAGUAACGUUUACAGUGGCAACAGUAACAAUCUUUAGGAUCCCUGUCCCACUGCAUGCAAAACAACAGAAACAUCUGAGUUUCGUUUUUGAUAUAACUGUACCACGACUAGGCCCCGAUAUGUGUUUACCAGUUCAGUUAAUUAGCGCGACAGUAUAAAAUCGAUGACCUGUGUUCGAUUCCUGAUCUGAUUCAUUGCAUAUUUCCACGCAGAACACUGUUGUAGGUUCCUCUUUGUUAAUUGCAUCUUAUCUAUUCAUAUCAUUUCUGCAGUGUAUGGUUUUCUCUUCAAAAAUGAUUUAUGAAAGCUAUUCAUGUACCCAUACAGGGAAAAAUCCAAUAUACUUACAGUUUUAGCAGCGGUGCAGAGAUCCUUAACGAAUAACGGCCAUGAAAUGAGUAAGACACUAAUAUCGUCAUCAAUAUAAGUGAUUCAAUAACAUACGACAGCUCAACACAAGGCGCCAAUAUUUUAGCAUGUAUUAUUGGUUGUAUCUGAUCUAGACAGUGACCCUUCCUGUCAAAAUCGUAAUUGAUUAGUCUACAUUUCUUAGUUAUGAAAUGAUUAAUGUAAACUAAUAAUCAAUAGGUGCACACAGUAUAAUUACGUACAACGAAAUGGUGUUUGUUAUGUUUACAUGAUUUGAUUGAUACAACUUUAUACCUUAAAUAGUACCAGGUUGGGGCAUACCCUCUGGGGGCACAACCUUCAUGCAUACAACGUUGAGACACUUGAGACCAGUUAUUCUCCAUACCAACUUGGUCAAAAUCCAUUCAACUAUUCUAGACUAGUAGGCUUUGAAGUAAAACGUGAACAGACGAUCAAUGAGUGUUGCCUUCCGGCCUUAGAUCACUUGACAUUUGGACAGGCGAGUGUGGGCUAAUAACAUUCGAUUUAGACAUAGCACCCAAAAGUGCAGAACACUGAAUGUAUGUUUAGUUUUCUGAUUUCCAAAUUGUUUUUUUUUUGUAAUUGCAAACAAGAUAUCAAAGAGAGGAAGAAUAUAUUAUCAAACAUAUAAAAGCCAAUCUGUGUCAUACAACUUUUUAAGUUUUAUUUAAAAUGUCAUAAUUUAAUAAUCAUCAGGUCAUCAUCAACAUAAUGUGAGUGGUAUGAAGAAACAUAAAUAUGAUAUUUAAUCAAAAUAAACACAUACAACAGGCACUUACUCAUUGGUUUUAAAAACUCAUCAUCUUUACAAAUGAUUGCAAUGAAAAAGCUAGGAAAACAUUACCACACAAGGUGUAUCACAUCACUAGGAUGAAAUAAAAUAUAAUAAAACCUGAAUGUUUAUUUUACUAUAUAAUCUCCAUAAGGUUGUAUGGCACCAUCUCACACUUCAUUUGUAUGUUAAUUUGCCUACUUUUAUGUAAAACAAUUUCAAUUUCACCAAGUGUUCAUUUUCAAAUUGGUGUUCAUGUUGCAAAAUCAAAUUUAUGCAUUGAAUUAGCAGGACAUUUCAAGUCAUUAUAUUUUACGUAUGACUUGUUUACACAUUUCCUUAAAUUUAUAUUAUACAUUAUUUUUCAAUCCAAUUCCUGUUUAUGGCAUUGUACAUUUGCAGAUUUUCUUUGAAAAAAAUGGAAAUUAUACUGCCCUAAAAUGUACUGUAUACAAAUUUCACCUAAACCAUCUUUUCUGUAUGACAUCUUUUCAAGAUGGCCUAUAGAAAAACACAGAGUAUGCUAGGAAAAUAUGAAGUUUCCAAUCAAAAUGUUCUAUACAUGCAAGUGUUUAGCCCUUUCAACACUGAAGACCAAAAUACACUCAUCCAGAUCAAUGCAUGGAAGAAUCUACUAAAGUAGCAUAGGGCUAAAUGUUAAACUCAAGCUUUAUACAUACAAUUUGUACUGUAUUCAAUACACAGUAAAUUUAUGUGCUUGACAUUCAGUUAUGAUAAAUUGCAGAUGACAAUAUCUUGCUUUUCAUGGUUCAAAUAAGAAUAUUUACACAAUGGAAAGAGUUUUAUUGAAUAUAACCAUCCGCUUGCUGCCUUUUAGCAGAUGUAGAUAACAAAAGUGUACUUUGGUAAAUAUUUCUUCAAUUGUAUUUCAAAAUGAUUCAUAUCACAACUAGUUUAAAUUAGAUGGAAUGUGAAGGAAUGGCUUUGUGGUGCAUCUACCACGUUGUUCAAGUCGGUCAAAUCUGUAAAUGUGCAUUAUUUGCAUGAAGUUUGAGGAUCCUAACAAGGAAAGAAUAAAUGAAAAUACUCACCAGAAAUAUUGAUUUCCUGACCGUGUUCAGAUGCCAACAUUAUACAAUAAAUCAUCUUCGAUACUCCAGUGGUUAUGCUCACAUGCUGUCUCUAAAACCCCGGGAUAUGUCAUGACAAAAUUGAACGCUCUGUCAGCAACAUCUUGUGGACAAUUCUAGUAUACUUGUCCGAUCCUUUCAUCAAGAAAUUGUACAGCAGCAUAAAGGUAAAAUAAACCAACGUUUAAGUUGGGUGUCGUAACUCAGUAGUCUUCAAAGGACAGGUAUCAGCCGCGAAAUUGGUCAUUUUUUUAUACCAGAGACAUAUCAAAUAGCUCUCUUUAUGCCUUCAAAUUUGCCAUGAUGUAUUCCAGGGGUGCAGAGAACGAAAGUGAGCGCAACACCUGGAGUAUUGAGAAUGAUGAAGCAUGUGCUUUUCUAAACUGCCUACCCUAGUUGUAACCAAAUAUCAAAAAUGAAGUUUGAAGUUCUUCCUGAAAUGGUUUAGACAAACACUUUGAUACACAUAUACUCAUGCAUGUGUGGCAGUUUUUGAUUAAUAGAACAUAUGAUUACGGUAGCCUUCUAGCUUCCAGCUAGAGGGAAUUCUCCUUUAGCUCAUCGGUAGAGUGUCUGACUACGAAUCUAGGGAGCAUGAGUUUGAUACCCGGUGGAAGCACACUUUCCUGUUACACAUGAAUAUUUACAGCUUGGUCAAGCAUUUGUAUUAUAACAAGCUUUUUAUUUAAUAUUUGGCAUAACAUUUCUUUAUAUACAAUACAUUAAGGCAUUAUAAAUCAGUACUGAAACACUUAUUCCGUCUUUGCGUAAUGCAGAGUUAUCUUCUCUUGUGAGCAGGUAUUGAUUGAUACGUCAUUUGUUUGUGAG